CCUCCGGACAGAAGCGGAGCGACGCCACCGACCAUGUCAGAAACUGAGGACCCGGGUCCAGGCGCUGCCGCUGCCCCGCACACCCCGCGCAGAACCCGGCCGCACUACGUCUCCUUCAGCGAGACGGUGCAGCCAGCAGUCGGGAUGGUUAGCCAACUCCUGAGCCAGCAGUCUUCUCUGAAGUUCGACAAAAACAUAAAGCAGGCCUUCUACAACACUGGAGCAAUGAUCUUCGUGGCCAUCUGUUGCGGAGCGGCCGUGUUGGUUUACUUCAUCCUGGAGGCUUUUCUACGGCCGUUGCUGUGGGCAGUGCUGUGCGGCACCUUCCUACACCCGUUCAAGUACUCGCUCGCCCGGCUGGGACGUUCUUGGCUUAGCAGGCUGCAGGACAGCGGUACGCCGAUAGUGGUGGGGACUCUGCUGGUACCGGUGUGGUGUGUGAACUACGGGGUGGAGACUGUUGGCGGACUGGUCAUAAAGAGACUCAAUGUGUUGUUGGCAAUCGGGGCUGGCGUACCCCUGAUUUAUUUCUUAUAUCUGUUCUGGAGUGUUAUUGGCAUGCAGGUGAUACUCAGCCAUGUAUGUACCAUCAUCUGUUUCAGCCUGGAUUGUUUCAACACUGUGUGGGUUGGCACUUUAGUUGUGGGCUAUGUUUUGGCUGUGGCAUUUAAGUGGACACCUGGCAUGGAAGGUUACUUGCAUGCACUGUCUGUGCCCGUUUGGACAGCUCUAAUUUUCUACAUUGUCUCUCUGACAGGGUCCUGGCGAGUACCUGUGUUUGUUGUGGUAGUGCUACUGCUUAUCAUGGGUUCUCAGGAAAAGCCUGCUGUUUCAGGGAAAGGUGAGCUCCCUGGAAUGGUCCUGUCCUUUGCUGCUAAUACAAUCUACAAGGCAUUUGCCUGCAGUAAUGCCAGCCAUGCUGAGAAGAUACAAGAAGAGAAGAGCACAAAAGAACAAUCCAAUGACUCAUUGGAUUCCUCCAAGGGGGUCUUUUUCAUUCAGUCGUCCCAGCGCCGCAGCAGGCUAGAAUUCAGGGGUCUUUUGACAAAACAGAAGGCCAGUGAUAUAUAUUUUGUGCUGCUUGCAUGGGCUAUAGUGUUGGUGCAGAUCUGGCUCAACCUCUGGAUCUUACAGUUACUGCCCAUCCCUGUCGCUGUUUGGGUCCUGAAGAAGAUGGUUGUUCAUUUUGGGCUGAAAGAUUUCACAGGGCGGAGUCUAGUCAAAUGGUGGGUGGUCCUUGAGAUAUUUGUCAAAAAGAGACAGGAGGCUCUACUGCCUGGACCAAUCAGAGGCCUCGCUCAGUUCUUGCUUCGGAUGGACACUAAGAUGAUAGUGUGGUUGGAACGCUCCUUGGAUAAGCUGAUCAGUAUUUUCAUCAUCUUCCUGCUGGUAUCUGGCACGCUGCUCAUGGCCCUGCUGCUCACAGCUAUGGUGCAUCAUGAGAGUGUUCAUAUCAUAGGGGUCACCAGUAACCUGAUCAAUGAGACUGUUUCCAACCACCCAGAAUGGGCCAACUGGCUCCCAGAGGCUCAAGUUGUACAGAAGGCUCUCAACUCUGCUGCCACCAAUGUUUACCAACAUGGGAGAGAAUUGAUCACAAAUAAGCUUCAAAAGAUGUUAGGUGACAAAAUGAACAAUACAGCUGUGAUAGAGAAACAAGUUCUGGAGUUGUGGGACCGUCUCUACCAGUCUUGGAUUGUGAAGAACAUAACUCACACUGGAAGACACCGCGGACACAAGCAAACUCUUCAGCGGCAGAACAGCUGGCUGGGGGACAUACUUGACUGGCAGGACAUUGCCUCAUUUGUGCAAGAGAAUAUUGAGAUGCUGCUUUCGAUAUUGGAGUCUCUGUGGGUAGUGAUGAGUCGAAAUGUUGGCUUGCUGAUAUCCACUACAACCACACUGCUCACUGUAUUGUUUCACAGCGGGACCGCACUGCUCAACUUUGCUCUGUCUCUGGUGAUCUUUCUGACCACACUGUUUUACCUGCUGAGCUCCAGUGGCGAAUACUAUAAACCUGUUAAGUGGGUUAUCAGCCUAACACCCCUCUCCCAACCUGGACCAUCUUCAAAUGUUAUUGGUCAGUCUGUGGAGGAGGCCAUUAGGGGUGUGUUUGAUGCCUCUCUGAAGAUGGCUGGAUUCUAUGGCCUUUAUACUUGGCUUACACACACAAUAUUUGGCAUAAACAUUGUCUUCAUUCCCUCAGCGAUGGCUGCAAUCCUGGGUGCCGUGCCGUUUUUGGGGACAUACUGGGCAGCACUGCCUGCAGUGUUGGAUUUGUGGUUGGCUCAGGGACAGGGGGUCAAAGCACUGCUACUUCUCUUCUGCCAUCUGCUGCCAACGUAUUUUGUUGACACUGCCAUAUACUCUGAUAUAUCAGGAGGUGGACACCCGUAUUUGACAGGCCUAGCAGUAGCAGGUGGAGCAUACUAUUUGGGUUUAGAGGGUGCCAUCAUUGGGCCCAUUCUGCUGUGUAUACUAGUGGUUGCAUCCAACAUCUACAGUGUCAUGCUAAUGAGCCCUAGCAGCAGCCAGACAACUCCAGUGCAAAGCAGCGUCCCUGUACAUCAGGGCAGGUCUUUCACAGAAACCCCUUUGCAGCUGAAGAGGCCCAAUGAAUGAAAGAGAAAUCUAGCCUUAUACAUAGGGAGUCUUGAAGGCUACAUUUUGUAUCUUACGGUUGGGUUUCCAUGGUAAAUGAAUAACUGCGCUUUCUAAGUGGCUCUUAAAUCACAUAGCAUUAUGAUGCCCCUCAGCAUGGACCUCUGUGCUAAACAAAGUUCACUAAGCACUUAGCACUGUGAUGCUACAUUAGCUAAUGCUUGGAAACCAGACUCUGAAAGCUACAGUGCUUGCACACUCAAGUGUAAAGUUUAGUUAGCACACCUGUGCUUUGUCUAGCACUGUACUGGUGAAUUAUGUUGGUGCUGCUUUCAGUUAGAACACUAACAAUAUUUUUAUGUUGACAUUGUGCUUUACUGUGAAGGUUCUACUAGCUUAUCAAUGCAGCAUAUCACGUUUUCAGUCUAUAGUUCACAGAUUAGUGGUGUUUAUCAGGUUGUGCAGAUAAUUUGUCCCAUAUUGGGGUUGUUUGGCACUGUUGUUUAUGUAAAUGAAAGACAGAAGUGUGAAAGGUAAUGUCAGAUUUGACUGUUCAAGCAUUUGCAUUUCUUUGCAUGUACGCAAGACCGUCGAUUUAGUUGCUAUAUUUGUUAUAUCUAAAGUAUAACGAGUAUACAGUGGUCUGGAGAUAGACUGCCUUCCACAAAUUUUAUUUUUAACCUUUCUCAUACACAACUCAUACACAAAGUCUGUAAUUUUCAAAUGGACCUUAAGACCUUGGUGGAUUGAGCAACACUGGGCUUUACAAAUAUCCUUUUCGUAUUUGCUUACUCUGUAAUACAGUUCUUGCAAUUUUCUCAUGCUGAACUAGAACAAUUGUGCACAUGUGACUAACCUAAACCAGUAUUUUUACAGCUCUAUUUUUGUUACUGUACUACUUGUGUUAUGUGUGGAUAUGUAUGCUCACUCUUCAGCCUUACACUCUCAUCUUACCUCGUCUUAAUGAACAAGAUGAACAAGCGUCUAAUGGAUUUUACUCUCCUCUGAUUCUACAGGAGGCACAAUGCAAGAAAUACUAACUUUUUGUUUUCACUGUUAUAUUUGUCCUUGUAUGCAACAGUGGAGCCCAAAGUUUUUUCAGAUUACUCAAGCACACUGUAAAGGUCCUGACUCAUAGUUUUUCAUACAAUGAAGGUGGAUGUGGACUGAGGUUAUUCUACCCACUCUUCCUAUGGGUUUGGAAUUACAAAAUAUUUAUUUUUGUUUGAAUUUUCCCUUUAACAUCACAAUGUUUUUUUUUUUUUAUGUUUUUUGUUGUUGUUGUUCAUAAAUAUGCAUCACUGUUAAAUUGUUUUAUUUUAAAUUUUGUAAAUUUGUGUAAAAUUUAAUACAAUCUGACUGAAUUACGAUGAAACAAAUGGCUCAUUUGAUAUUAUUUUCUCCCAAAAUACUAAACAUCAACAAAAACUACCACAGUACUUUCCUUAAUGCCUGCUUGUCACUAUACACUUCAAAAUAUUCCUGAUCCAUCAAAUUAUUGCAUGCCAUGUCUAAAGUUUCAUUUUGAGUUAAUUUGAUCUAAUAUUUAAUAUUUUUUAUAAAUAUUACAAAUAUAUGUUUCCCUGAAAUUAUAAUUAAUUUAGUAUUUUUAGAUGUAUCAUUUUCAGUUUUGUUCAAGGUGAUUUAAUCAAAUGUUUUUUUUUUAAUAAGUGGAAGGAUAAUAUUUGGGGUAUAAAAAAAGCACCCAUGUUGCAGGGGCUUAGUUUUUCUUUAGUGGGGCAAAUGAAUUUGUUAUGAAAAAUGUUCAAAGUGUGCUCACAUUGACUGAUCCACUUACAAUGGAGAUUAAUUUGCUUAUAGAAUACUUGAGAUAUUAACAGAAAAUGUUUAACCCUUUUUUGAAGUGGUUAUUUUGAAUAAGUAUUAUCUUAAUGUGUUACUCAAAAUCAAGUAUCUGCAUAAGUUGAUCCAUUUUGCCUUAUAACUAUUGUCUGUACGCCAAGUGUGGGGUAAAAGGCUCCCUUGCCACCUUUUAUAAAAAAAUAAUAAUAAUUUGAAUCAAAACAACCUUCCAUUAUUAUUUAUUUUCAAACAAAUUAUGUUGGUCCAUCAAAAUUCAAUUAAAAUAAAUGUAUUUUUUUUUUUUUCAAUCUUGACACUUUGUGAUUGGAAAAUAAAGUCUUUAGCCUCAUUGUUCAUUAUUAAAGAGCUUAAUUUUCAGCUUCCUCUCUGAUUUUAAACUACUAAGAGGAUAUAUAUUAAUGUUCAUAUUUAAGGCAUUGAAAGCAUACAUACAUAACUCAAUUAAGUACUUUAACUUUGCAUUGAACUUGACUGACUGUUGUAAAAUAUAUAAUAUAAUAAUACUGUACAUUUAAAACAUUAAAUACAAAUAUUUUACUAUUUAAUAAAGCCCAGUACUUAAGUGUCUGUUUGCUGGAAAAUAACUCUUGCAUUGUGUAACUCAAAGUCUUAAUAAAAUAAUGUUAUUGUUAUAUGUACAAAGUAUUAUAGAUUAAUAAUAGGGAAUUAUUUUGUUGUAUGCAAUGUGACCCGAUGCCCUCAGAUAAGGUCACGUGUUCCCUGCCAUUCCUCAUAUGUUACAGGCCCUUCACACUGGAUCUCAGUUGGUAUUGAAAUCGAUUGAUGUCGCCCUUUCUAAAUUACACUGAACUGGGCUAUUGACUCUCUCUCUCUCUCUCUCUCACUUUCCAUGGUGCAGUAUGAAUGAAUGUGAAAGGGCUGAUUGCCUCUGCCUCAUUUCUGUGUGGGAGUGCCCUCUCAUCUGUUAAAUGAGCAAGAUGAAGACAGCAAUGGGUGCACUUUAAAACAUUUUCUGUAAUUUUAACGAUAAAAGUCUAAAAAUGCUACAGUAAAAUGGGCAGUUAUCUUUUUUAUAAUAUAAAGACAAAGAAAUGUAAUUUUACUGUAAAAUUACCUUUUAUAGAUGUAUAAAGUAUGAUUUUACCGUAUAAUUAAUGGUAAACAUGUAUAUUAUGUUUAACAAGAGAGUACAUGUACUUUUUACAGUAAAGCAUUUGUAAUAUUGGGGUAAAACAAAAUAAUUGGGCAUUCCCUGGAUGACCCAUCAUAUUUCAUUCUAUUUUAUGGGAAUAGUUGUGUUUCUUCUUAUUUUUAAUAUCAGUUACGUACAAUGGGGUGUUCUGUUUUACAUUUAAUUUAGUUUAGUUAAUGUUUACAGCAUUAAUUUAAUUAUUUUUAAUUACAUGUGUUACCCUGAUGGUGUUUGUGUGAGUGACACUGAGCACUGUCACUACAUGUUUAUUGGUCAUUACUCCUGGAAGAGCCACAAUUGGUGAACUUCAUGUCAUCAUGUGCUUUUCAGUAAUUACUACGGUGAUUUCAAAUUGAAAUGUACAAUAUCAGGUUCCGAAGUAUUACAUUUAUAUCAUGUAAUACUAUAUACGGUAAUGCCGCAUAAAAUAUACAGGCAUUAAAAUCCCGUAAAGCUGAAGCGUGAUUACCAUAUUUGUUACAGUGAAUUUCUGGCAACAACAGCUGCCAGUUUUUUGCCGUAAAUUUAACAGGAUUUAUUUAUUUUUUUUUUUU